AUGGCCAGUCGUGGAGCACGUGAAGGCAAUAAUGCAUUAAUUAAAGAUACAAACGAAGUUAUUGGUCGUUAUGAUGCAGAAGAAAUCAUUAUAUAUGAAAUAAAAAACAACUGUUCAUGUGAAAUUUAUGAUUUACUUUGUGAAAAACAACUUUAUCCUUGUCAGUCUUCUCAUUUCUAUAAUAAUAUCUCCCAAUGUAUUCAAGCUGGUCAUAGAAAAUUUGCUGUUCGGAUUAUCGAUAGUAUGGAAAAUAUAAGUUAUUAUGGUUUUAAAAAACUUCAUCAUGAAAUAGCACCUAUUCAUUGUGUUGCUAUUAAUCCGAAUUCAAAAUAUUUAAAACAAUUACUGUUAAUCGUACCUGAACGUAAUAUUAAAGAUAAGUAUGAACGACGACCAAUUCAUUUUGCAGCUGUUUGCGAAGGAUCAGAACCAUUAGAAUAUCUUUUAUCUAGAUACGAAAAAGAAACUUGCUGA